UAUUUCAUCUCUGGUCGUGUCAUUAAAGCAAUGAACAACAACUGGCAUCCUGAUUGUUUUCGAUGUCAGUCUUGUAACACCUGCUUGGCUGAUCGGGGUUUUGUUAAGCUUCAUGGGAGAGCUCUGUGCCAUGAUUGCAACGCCCGAGAAAAGGCUACUGGGCUCACUCACCCUAUUUGUCAUAAAUGCCGUGCCGCAAUCGAUGAAGGUCAAGAACUAAAAUAUCGAUCCGAAGUGUACCACGCUUAUCAUUUCAAUUGUUCUUCCUGUGGUUCCGAAUUGUCCUCCGAUGCUCGCGAGAAAGACGGAGAACUGUUUUGUCUGCGGUGCCAUGAUAAGAUGGGAAUUCCUAUUUGUGGAGCUUGUCGACGCCCAAUCGAGGAGCGAGUGGUUCAUGCACUCGGCAAAACAUGGCAUGUAGAACACUUUGUUUGCGCCCGUUGUGAGAAACCGUUCCUCGGGUCACGACAUUAUGAGAAAAAGGGUCUGGCCUAUUGCGAGUUGCACUACCAGCUUCUAUUUGGCAUGCUGUGUUAUUCGUGCAAUCAGGUCAUUCCGGGCGAGACAGUGUACGCUUUGAACAAGGCGUGGUGUGUGGAUCAUUUCGGAUGCAGCGUUUGUGAUCGACAGCUCAGUCCAAAAACGAAGUUUUACGAAUUCGAUCUGAAACCCGUGUGCAAAUCGUGCUACGAAUUAUUCCCCAUCGAGUUACGGAAACGAAUAGCAAAAAUGCAUAAAAUGGAAUGA